CAAAGGCUGCUGGUACCCGGGUGUCAUGGCUCCGAACGUAAACAGAAAGCUAUGAAUAACGACACAUUUUGUUGUAUUAUUUAGCCAAAAUAACUGCAGCUACAUUUUAACUGUACCUAUCAGCGGGAAAAACAAGUGCCAGGAAAAAACAUGUCCGGGGGAAACAAAGCCAUUGAGUUACAGCUUCAGGUGCGGCAAAAUGCGGAGGAUCUGCAUAGCUUCAUGGCGGACCUGGAGAGCUGGGAGACAGACAUAAAGAAGAAGGACGAUGAGCUGAGGACGGGAGGACUUCAGGAGGCCCAGAAGACGCUCCCUCCUGUGCGCAACAAAGACUACAAAACAAAGAUGAGGGAAAGGAAGAAGAAGAAGAAGAAGAAGAAGAAGAAGAAGGAGCCAACGGGCGGCGGCGACGCAAAGGCUGAGGAGCCCAAGGAAGACUCAAGGAUAAAGGCAUACGACUAUAGAUCGUGGGACAAGUUUGACGUGGACAAAGCUCUGUCCGAGAUGGAUAAGGAGGAAAGUCCUGCAGAGUCAAAUGAGUCCGACUGCGAGGAGGCGACAGCUGAUCAAGAGAAAGCGCUGUCUGAGAGAGAAAAGGGUAACGCGUUUUUCAAAGAUGGGAAGUACGACGAUGCUGUCGAGUGUUACACCAGAGGGAUGGCUGCAGAUCCUUACAACCCUGUGCUUCCCACAAACCGAGCCACCUCCUUCUUCAGACUCAAAAAGUAUGCUGUGGCAGAGUCCGACUGCAACUUGGCGAUAGCUCUGGACAGCAACUACUUCAAAGCGUAUGCACGGAGAGGAGCAGCACGCUUUGCACUGAAGAAAUAUGAAUCUGCUUUAGAAGAUUAUGAGACUGUUCUCAAGCUUGACCCCGGGAACGGGGAAGCAGAGAAUGAAGUGAAAACAAUCAAAGAGACUCUCAGUCAUCAGGCACCAGCCGCCCCGAGUGGAGCCCCACAGCCACAGGAGGCUCCCACAGCCGACCCUGAGCAGCAGAGACUGAUGGAGGAGCAGCAGAGACGACAGGAGGCGGCUGUACAGAAAGACAGAGGGAACGCCUAUUUCAAAGAGGGGAAGUAUGAAGCGGCUGUUGAGUGCUACAGCAGAGGCAUGGAGGCGGACAGCAUGAACGUCCUGCUGCCCGCCAACAGAGCCAUGGCCUUCCUCAAGCUGGAGAAGUAUAAGGACGCAGAGGAGGACUGCACCAAAGCCAUUUCUCUGGACAUCACUUACUCCAAGGCUUUCGCCCGUCGUGCCACCGCCAGAGUAGCUUUAGGGAAACUGGGGGAGGCCAAACAAGAUUUUCAAGAGGUGUUGAAGCUGGAACCAGGGAACAAGCAGGCCCUGAAUGAGCUCCAGAAACUCCAGAUUGACGUAACCUCCAGCGGCCUUCUCCAGACACCAGACGGCACACAGAGGAGAACCGUUCAGCCACUAGACAAACCAACACAUCUGCGGUCAACGAAACCUCUGAGGAGGAUCGAUAUCGAGGACGUGAGCGGCGAGGCGACGGUGUCCGAGGUGGAGUCAGGUGGGUCCAAGUUCUUCGUCCAGGAGGCGCCGAAGGAGGCUGAGGAUGAAUCGUCUCCGCUGUCGACGUCACCCAUCGCGAAGAUGAUCAAGAUUGAGGAGAUAGCAGAAGUCCCCUCGCACACGUCUGACCAACUCCCUGUGAGCAGGCAGACCAAACAGCCGGCGCAGAGGGAAGCCGUUCAUCCUCCUGAACCGUCGCCAGCCAGCCCCCCCACCUCGACAGGAGCAGACCCGCCUCCUCCGCCCACCAGCAGCUUCCAGCUGGAGGCCGACCUCCGCACGAUCGGAAACCAGCCCGAAGUCAUCUACAGAUAUCUGAGGCAAAUCAAACCCGAGGCGUUCACAAGCAUUUUCCGCAACUCCCUUGAACCCGACAUUCUCAAUCAGCUCCUGAGGACACUGCACGGUUUCUAUAUCAAGAACGAAGCAGCGGCCGUCACGCUGGAGAUCCUCAGCAGCCUGGCGAGUGUGAGGCGCUUCGACAUGGCUGUCAUGUUCCUGUCGUCCCCGGAGAAGAAAGUGCUUAAAGAACUGUUUGACUUCCUUCACCAAGCGGAGCUGGAGGGAUCAUCUGUCGCAGCGUUACAGAAGAAGUACGGUGUGUGACGCCGUGAGCUCUAUAGACUUUAAACCACAGGACUAUAUUAUUUUCAAAGCCAAAGCAACAAUGUUGUUGUAUUCUACCACUGAAUAAACUUACAUUCAAUUCACUUUGAUUCAGUUGGACUGCUGUGUUAUGGAAAUACAACGUUGUCUACUUUCUAAAGUCAGAAAUUCACAAAUUGUUGAUUGUAAUUCUGACUUUAGUGCAUUUUAGAGUUAAAGUCGAUAAAGACAGAGAGUGUAGAAUCCUGUUCCUUAUGCAAAAGCUAAUGUCAUCAAUCAUCUUACUUGAAAAAAAUCUGCAAUGUUACUGUGUAGAUGUUUAACCAUUUACUGUUUUCCAUAAAUGUAUCAGCAUGCAAACCUGAAACAACUAGGCGAUCAUACCCCUACCAGAAGGGACGUUCCAUUAACAGGAAGUGGGAGUUUCCAACUUCCCAAUACUUUUUGAAUGCACCGCAAGUAUUGAUUGGUCUCUGUGAGCCCUGUUUGAAUGUUCUUCACGUUCUAAACUGGCUCAGUUUGACCGCCGAGAACUCUGUUCUGCAAGUACACAUUUUAAAUCUCUUUUCAGAAGCUGAACAACAAUUAAAGGUGUAUUUUGUAA